GUCCCGCCUUUCACGCGCACCGUCGUCCUCGGCGUUCUCGCGACGACCCUGCCCGUCAUCCUCCAGCUCGUGUCGCCGUACAGCGUCGCCUUUGUCCCGCACCGGGUCGCGCAGAACUGGGAGCUGCAGCGCCUCGUCCUGCCCUUCCUGUUUGGCGGCGGCGGCAUCCAGCUCGUGUUCAGCUUGAUCAUGCUGUACCGCAGCCUCAAGGAGCUCGAGGAGGGCCACUUUGCCAUGCGCCUCGCCGACAUGACCUGGGCGUUUAUCCUCAUCUGCGCCGGCAUCAUUGGCCUCAACACGCCGCUGGAGAACCCGUGGCUGUACAGCGCGUUCCAGCUCGCUGUCGUGCACCUGUGGGCCCAGGUCAACUCGAUGAACCAGGUCAACCUGUACGGCAUCCUGACGCUCCCGGCGCCCUACUUUCCCUUUGCCAUGCUCGGCAUGGACCUCCUCCAAGGGGGGCCGGGCGCCGUCUUGCGCUCCUUCACGGGCAUGGUCGCCGCGCACGCGUACUACUUUAUCGCCGUCGUGCGUCCC